UGAAACCCUAGCCAUGUCGCUUGUGGCAAACGAAGAUUUUCAGCACAUUCUUCGUGUGCAAAAUACAAAUGUUGAUGGAAAGCAGAAGAUUAUGUUUGCUAUGACCUCUAUUAAAGGUAUCGGUCGUCGUUUUGCAAACAUUGCUUGCAAAAAAGCCGAUAUCGAUAUGAACAAGAGGGCUGGUGAGCUUUCUGCUGCCGAGCUUGACAGCUUGAUGGUGGUUGUGGCUAAUCCUCGCCAAUUCAAAAUCCCAGAUUGGUUUUUGAACAGACAGAAGGAUUAUAAGGAUGGCAAGUUUUCCCAAGUUACAUCUAAUGCCCUUGACAUGAAACUUAGGGAUGAUCUGGAACGCUUGAAGAAGAUCAGGAACCAUCGUGGUUUGCGUCACUACUGGGGCCUCCGUGUCCGUGGUCAGCACACAAAGACCACUGGCCGCAGGGGAAAGACUGUUGGUGUCUCCAAGAAGAGAUAAAUCAUCCACAUGUCAAUUCCUUAUGUUUUGUCCCUCUUUAGUAUUGAAUCCGGACAUUUACGAAAAGUUUGUUAGGUAUUUUUGUGGUGUUUGCAUUUGAAUUUUCUUGUCCUGCCUUUUGGGUGGUGAAAGCAUGUUUUGCUGUUGGGAUCAAAGUUUUGCCGAUUGCACUUGGAUUAAUACAUCAAAUAUGCGUACUUUUUAUGAA